AUGGACAUCUGGCCAUGCAAUUUCACCACGUGCAAAGACCAUGUGGAAUAUAUCUGCUCUACCUGUUCUCCAGGGAUUUAUCUGUGCUCAAAGCACAUUACAAACCAUCAGCAAGAGACUGGCCAUGAAGCAUUACCAAUGUAUACUGAGCCAAACCAGCUUUCUAAGAACGAUAUGCUGAACUUCUUAAACAAAAGACUAGACACUUUGACAGCCCUAGGGAAUUUUGUUGAGGAAACUGUCUUUAACGAAAUGAAAAAAAUGCAGGAAGCCUUUGAUACUACACUCAAAAACUUGAGGAUGGUUCAAGAAGAAUAUAGACGCUUUAUUCACAAAGUAACUCGCAUAAAUAAAAUCCCUUGUGUUGGGGCUACCAAAAUCCAAGACAUUCUUAGGUACCCUUCAGACGUCUCUAUGCAGGCUUUCGAAAAUAUUUUCCUUGAAGAGACGCCUCAUGGCAACCAAAUAAGAGGCGACUUAUAUUCCUUGUCAUGCAGACUUUGUCUAGUAUCUUUUGACUUAUCAAUAAAACUAUUCAAUGAGCUUAGUGAAGACUCAGAAAUAUCAAUUGAAAGAGAAAACGAAAAUAAGGCCCAUUUCUAUGAACUCAGGAACCUUAUUGAGGUAUUUAGAGGGAAUUUUAAGAAAAAAAUCCCGAAAUAUGAGGUAAGUAAGGCAGCACCACAAGUCUCAGAAGUCCAUAACUCUUCAGAUGUCCAGCCACUGAGAAAGACGUAUAAAGAAGACUUAAAGGCUGUGCUAGCUAGAAGUUCACAGUCAAGCAAUUAUUCAAGCUCAGGGUCAACAGCGUCAAGUAUUCCUUCAUCAGGGAAUUCGUCAGAGGCUCAAAGCACAAUUUCAGAUGCAACAACUGAAUCAGCUUAUUCUCCUUAUACGACUUUGUCGGCGUCUCCUUAUUCAACGAUAUCUGAGCAUAAGUAA